UUGGUCCAAGCUAAUCCCCAGAACAUUGAAGACCUGACCGGCGCGGCCCUAGCCGAACUUUCGGCGUUGAAUAGCCUGGAGGCACUGGAGCAGUGGCGCAUUGCCUACCUUGGCAGGCGCGGCAGUCUUACCUUGGUGCUGCGCGGGCUUUCCGGUCUUGACAUCGAGGAGCGCCGUCGCAUUGGCGCCCUGGCGAACCAGGCCAAGGAAUCGCUGGAGAGCGGUCUGGAGGGGCGCACGCGGGAGAUCAACGAGGCGGCGCUAUUGAGGGCCGCGCAGGAAGAUCGUCUGGACGUUACUCUUCCGGGAAGGCUGCUCUCAGAGGGAAGGCUUCAUCCCACGACCCAGAUUGUCCGAGAGAUCUGCGCAGCGUUCGUGGGCAUGGGCUUCAGCGUCGUUGAGGGACCUGAAGUUGAAUGGGAUCAUUACAACUUCGAGAUGCUCAACAUUCCCAAGGGACACCCCGCGCGGGAUAUGUGGAACACCCUGCGCGGGUUAUGGAAAAACCAGCGGCCGCCGGUGCGAGUGAUAGUGCCGGGCAAGUGCUAUCGAUACGAGGCUACAGACGCGACCCACGAAUGGCACUUUUACCAAGUGGAAGGCCUUGCGGUGGACGAGGGAAUCACCUUCGCCAACCUGAAAGGAACCCUCUACGAGUUCGCCCGCAGGCUGUUCGGAGAGGAACGGCAGAUACGCUUCCGGUGCGACUACUUCCCGUUUGUGGAACCGGGCGUGGACAUGUCCAUCGACUGUUUCGCCUGCGACGGUCACCGGGAGGGCUGCCGCAUCUGCCGAGACAGCGGGUGGAUCGAGAUAAUGGGAGCCGGCAUGGUGCACCCCCGAGUGCUGGCCGGCGUUGGCUAUGACCCGGACAAGUACACCGGCUUUGCCUUCGGCAUGGGCCCAGAGCGCAUAGCCAUGCUUAAAUACGGCAUCGAUGACAUCCGUCACUUCUACGCAAACGAUCUGAGGUUCCUACGGCAGUUCUAA